AUGUCAGACACACCGUUAGAUCUGCUUAAAUUGAAUUUGGACGAGACUGUCUACGUGAAGUUACGCGGUGCACGUGCGCUAACAGGUACUUUACAGGCAUUCGAUUCGCAUUGUAACAUUGUAUUGAGUGAUGCCGUUGAAACUAUAUACGAAUUGGAUGGUAACGGGGAGCUAUCGAGCAAGGAAAAGAAGUCUGAGAUGAUCUUUGUCAGAGGUGAUUCUGUAACUUUGAUCACAACACCUAACGCCGAUGAAUGA